AGCUGGAAGAAUUGGAAAAAGAUAAAGACUAUAAGGACAACGAUGAUAAAGAAGAUGCAGAAGAAGAGGUUGCAGGUUCAGGUAGAAAAGGGUUAACUAUGGGAGCGCAUAAACUAGCAAAAGAUAGCUCAGCUACUAAUAAUGCCACCAAUACUGAUACAAAUGAGGAGACUACUAAAGUCAUUAACAAAAUGGACAUCGAAGUACAAAAGGGGGAAGGAGAAGAGAAAGAAGGGGAAGUAAUGCCGGAAUCAGACCAAUCUUUGUCUCAGGACAAG